AAGCUGAAUAACGAGACCCUAGUUCAUCCCGCGUGAAGAUCGCACCGUCCCACAAUGGCGUCCGGGGUAGAUAAGGAAAGAUCCAUGAGAAGCUGACUGUAUUUGCCCCAUUGACCGUUGAUCCCAUACGCAAUAUCACGAAUCCAAAAUCACUAACAUAUACACCCCCCACCUCUCCUCUGGACCCGUCGCCCUUCAGCGGUGCGCGGCCCUGUAGCCCCCGUCCCCUCAGGCUUGCGCAGCGCUCUCUUCCUCUACACGCACAACGCCUUCACCACUACACCCAAAAUCCCCAAUCAAUAAUAAUAAUACAACAACCACCCCAAAACAUGCCCGACAGCAAUCUCCUCACCCCGCGCACCAUCCUCUAUCUCCUCCUAGGCUGGGUCUUACUCUGGACCGCCUCCUGCAGCCUAACGUCCUUGUUCGAGCGUACGUUCCUGUCGCAACCUACAUGUGCCCCAGCUUCCGCCCCCAGCGGCCCAGACGCAGAGUUCAGGAAACUGUAUGAGAUGAUGGCGGAGCUGGUUAGGGAACAGAAGAUUCUAGCGGGGGAGUUUGGCACUUUGCUGGCAGAGGAUAUCUCUAUCAAUGGGACGCCGAGUUGUGAGUGUGGGAAUGGGCAGAGGAGGAGGGGAUGGAAGCUGAAGCGGAGGGAUGCGUGGGCGAAUGGGGACAUAGAGACUGAGGUUUGGCUGUGAGAUGAAUAGUUAGGCGGGCAGGUGAGGGAAGCGGGCUCGACUCGUUUGGAAGGGGAAUAGAGGACUGGUGUUAAACUAGCUGUUGCAGAAAUGAUCGAUCGAUACAAUGGCCAUCGAGUGGCCGAGGUGAGAAUUACAUAUCUCGUCCAAUCCAAUCCCUGAAAUUCAAAUCCGGGCUCCAAACGCCGCGCUUUAUGCAACCUCUUUUGUCCCUUUGGCCGUGUCUGCGAGCGAUGAUGUUU